UUUCAAGCUCUUUUGUGUACAGUGUACCUGACAGAUUGUAACUUAUUGUAAUGUACUGUAAGUCUUGAAUAUAGAAUUCGUGUUCUUUGGUUUCAGCAUACUGAGAAGGAAGUUUUAACAGCAGAGACAAAAUGGUAUUUCCUAGGCACUAGUUUCUCUAAAACCGCUAUUGCAACAAACUGCUUUUAGCACUCACUUGUGACAGCUAGCUAGUACAAACAUGGCGGAAGUUGGACAGCCUGAAUCAGAGCAGGACCUUGAGGCUAAGAUCGAAGAAACGCGUCAGAGAUUCAAGAGUGAAUUCGUGCAAGAUUCGUCAGACAAAUAUGAUUCCAGAGACGUCGAGAGGCUGUUGAAAGAUGACACGCUGGUUGAGAGUUAUCUGACCUGGAGACUUAAUGUGGUUAAUGACGCUUUACAGAUGAUCCACGACAGCUUUCAAUGGCGCAAGGAAUUUGGUGUGAACGAUCUGACUGAGAGCAGCAUUCCCAAGUGGAUGUUUGAAACUGGUGCUGUCUACCUCCAUGGCUACGACAAAGAAGGCAACAAACUCUUCUGGUUCAAAGUGAAAAUGCACGUUAAGGAUCCAAAGACGGUCCUGGAUAAGAAAAAGUACGUUGCCUUUUGGCUGGAGCGGUACGCCAAGCGGGAACCAGGAAUGCCUCUCACGGUGGUGUUUGACAUGUCCGACUCUGGGAUCAGUAACAUUGACAUGGACUUUGUGAAGUACGUCAUUAACUGCUUCAAAGUGUACUAUCCUAAAUUUCUCUCCAAAAUGAUCUUGUACGAGAUGCCCUGGAUCAUGAAUGCUGCCUGGAAGAUAGUGAAGACGUGGCUUGGUCCUGAAGCCAUUAGUAAACUGAAGUUUGUGUCCAAGAAUGAGGUUCAGACUUACAUUGGCCCUGAGAACCUGCCCCCACACAUGGGAGGGACGGACGAGUUUAAGUACAGCUACCCGCCUCUGCCAGACGAUGACUUCCAGACGCCAAUGUGCGAAAAUGGACCAAUCGUGAGUGAGGACGAAAGUGAGAUUAAGGACACAGAGUCUGAAUGUAAAGAAAGUCUGGAAUCUAGCUUCAACAGCGAACAGGCCAUUCGGCCUAAAAAGGUGAAUUUCUUAGAGGAAAGCCUGAAGCCAGAAGACUUGGACAAAGGAGACACGGUUAGCAGAGCAAAAGGGGUCAGAAAACCGACAACUACCUUUAAAGGGACUUUACUGCAUGUCAGUCCUGCAGAGGAGCUGAGUUUUGGCUCCAAAGAGACGGAGAGAAAGUGCCUCAUCGUCCUCAAUAAUGUGACUAAAAACCAGGUGGCGUUUAAGGUCAGAACCACAGCGCCCGAGAAGUACCGAGUCAAGCCCAGUAACACGAGCUGUGAACCAGGAGCCAGUGUGGACAUCGUGGUCUCUCUUCAUGGAGGUUUCCAGGCCUCUCCUCAGGACAGGUUCCUGGUGAUGGCUGCAGAGAUGGAGCAGACAGCUGGGGCUGGAACUCCAGAACUCGCCCAGUUCUGGAAGGAAGUUCCCAAAGCCAAAAUAAUGGAGCACAGGCUCAGAUGUCAUGUUCUAGAGAGUCCAAAGUCCAUACUGUGCAAUUCAAAUGAGAUGCCACUCAUCACACCCAUGACCAACGACCACCAGGACCUUCACACCACUCUAAUGCGAGUUAUGACCAGUAGCGCCAGAAUGGAACAGAAACUGGAAAUGUGUCUCUGGGUUCAGAAAGUUCUGGUGGGCCUGGUGGCUGUCUUGUUGGCCUUCAGCUUUUCUACUGCCUACAUGCUGUGGACCUCUUAACUGGAUCACACACGGGGUCGCACACAGUUUACUGGCCACCUUCUCAGCCAACAGAACUUUUCCAUUUGGACUUGGACAACACAACCAAAGUGCAGCGCACAGCUGCGUAGACUGUGGAUGUCAUCGUGGAGAUGGAAGCUCUCUCGACAACGGUUCAAGGUGGUUGUCGUGAAUGACACGUUGAGACAAUGUAGCCACACCCAACAAGAACUUCGCUGUGAAGUCUCUGAAGCUCGGAUGCAAGAUACGAGAGCUGAUAAGCUGUCUCUCUCUCUCUCUCUCUCUCUCUCUCUCUCUCACUCUCUCUCUUUUCUCCUGCUGCAUCUCUUUCUGAUGAAGAGUUGUUAAAUGGUUGGGUUUCUGUUGUUAUUAGUAGUUUCUUAAUAAACUAAGAAGUAAUUUAUAACAGAUGUAAUCUGGAAAAUUCUACAGAGAUGAAGUAGUAAUUUACUUUCUUAUCUCUUAUUGUACAGUAUUUCCUUGAGAAAUAUG